AGCAUGGCCGGGCAAUAUUCAACGAAUCGUAAUUUGAUGAAACAAACCAGCAACAAAAACAUCGGCUGCAAAGUUGAUGUGCUGCAGUGGAGCGAAGAGAUGGAUUUACUAGCGAUUGGCACGGAAAAAGGUGAUGUUAUCCUGCAACGGUUAAAGUGGCAGAAAGUGUGGCAACUUUCACCUCCCGAAGAUGGUUUAAAAGUUCGCGGCAUUGCCUGGAGACCGUUGGAGAAGAUGAUUGCGAUAGGCUACAGCAAUGGAGCCAUUGUGUUGAUAAACAUUGAAAACAAGGAGGAAGUGCACAGUUUUUCCGUAGAAUCCGAUAUCAGCUUUAUGAACUGGACCGAGAACCGCGAAGGUUUGGCUCCCUUUAACGGCAGUCGCAGCAUGCUCAAUAACCACUUAAAAUAUCUACCAGAGCUGCCUGCUCUGAGCAGUCUUUCCUCCUCCGCCAAACCCACCAACCACACCCGGAUGGAUUUCUGCGCCAAACACAUUCUUCAGAUGCUGCUCGUGGGCACUACAUCCGGCCUUCUACACCUAUCGGCGCUGGGUAUGCUGCCAGCGGGCCGUGUCGACGUGUUUGCAACGGCUGGACUACCAUCGACAUCGAAAGCACGAAUUUGCGAUGCCAAACUAAGUGCCAAUUUUAAGCAACUAGUCGUGGCCCUAGUGCAGGAUGCCGCACUAAACGUUAUCGUUCUGGAGAACAACGUCCUGCACAAGUACUCGGGUUCUCUGCUGAAUCUCGCCAUCAAACACGCACAAAUUCUUAAUACGAUGACGUAUAUUAACGAAACGAUCGAGUGUAUUAUCGAGGCCUGGGAAACGGUGCUGCUGGAAAUGGACAACAAGCUGACGCAUUACGCGAAAGAUCAACCUGAAGGCUCAAUUUCGGCCGACUUCCUUGAACUGUUGAUGUUCGGCAUUACAUCGCCGGCGUUGGAGAAAUUUUUGCUACGCGAUCUCACCGAAAAAGGCCUACGCAAGCUCGGGUAUAGCAUCGAGCUGAGCUACGUGAUGAUACAGAAACUGGUCGUGAAGCCACUCUACAGCGCCGCAUACGCGGUGUUUUAUCAUCUCACGGUGCUCGAGGGUAUGCUGCGCAAUCGUUACUACUACGGACCACUAAUGAGUAGCAGCGCCACCGAAGCACUGCGUGAUUGUGGUGCCUUUCAGAUUAAAGCCUAUGAGUUGCAGCAAACGAUCGACACCUCAAAGCGGGACUUCAAAAUCUUCUUCCGCUGGCUUAACGUUGUAAUCGUUCGUCUAAUGGAUGAACCGUUGCAGGAGAACCAACCAACGAUCACACAACAGGAGAUAAACUACUUGGCGGACUUUUUGAGCAAUUUUGAUGGCACCCUGUGCCACGAGUCGGGUGCCACGAAUGAAAGUCGAAGGUCGAUUAAUGCAAGAAGAAAAUUCAAUCUCGAACGUGUCGGUCAGUACCUCGAGGAUAAGCCACUGGUACACCCGACGCUGCAAGAAGAACCUAACCAAUGGAAGCGUCUGCUGGAGCAAAAUGAAUGCUUCCGGGAUUGCCCGGUUGUAUUUGCGCAUCGAGAAGAAUUAUCCUUACUACAGGAACACAAACGACUUAAAGCCAGUCUCGGACAGUUAUUCGACCAACCCAGCGGCGUAAUUGCAACCGAUUUUAGACAAAAAAAUCUGCUCACCAUACGCACGGCGCCAAAUGAUGCGAUCCGUUCGUUCAGCUUUACCAAUCACACUCGAGAUGAUAUUACGCUGAUUGCUAUCGUACAGUCAAGUCAAACACUGUUGUUCGGAGAAUGCCAUGCGGAUGGUGGGCUUAAAAUUGUUAGAUUACGUUUUGAAGAGAAACCGUACUUUGAUCAGCGGUUCGAUACGAUCGGCACAAUCACCUUCCGACAUGCACAAUUCUACAACGAAGACACUCUCUCGCUAUUACUUCGUACGCAGGCGGAUGGUGCGGAAGAGCGGUGUACGGCCAGUGGAUCGUAUUUUUUGCAACUCAAUCUACACACCGUUCGCCAAUUUUUGCGCACAGUUGAGACCCACGAAUUUCUACAUACACUGGUGGAGGACGCUGCCGGUUGCCACGUGCUGAAUAUGUAUACUCUGAUUGAUGAGAGCGCUCUGAAGAUGCUGGAUGGUACCGAUGGGUUCCGCAUUGCCGUUUCUGGCAAGCGUAAUAUGGCAGCUGUGCUGGCAGAAUCGCUGCGAAAUGUGCGCAUUUAUGAUAUGGAUGGGCAGGAGGAAGAAGACGAUCUACUAGACACUUCGUCGCAGAUUAACAGCAGUUUAGAGAAUAGUCAAGAGUCGAUACAAGCUUAAUCCUUAUCGACUCCCAGGAAUAUCUAAGUUACGCACGAAUUCAUGCUCUAUCAUUCCUUUAAAAUUUAUUCAUCUUUGUGCACCAUCGUUUGUGUAAUGCACGAGCGGAGUUUCAUCAGUAAAAAUCGUUUACAACUAUCAUGGCGAUAGUGUUUUACAUGAAAUUGUUCCAAACGAUUAUCCGUUGCACAAAGGUUUGUAAGCGAAUGGCCUUCGCUGUCAAACGCCGUUCGCGAUCAAAUUUCCGUUCCGACGGUAAACGCACUCGCCGGCAAUCCACGUCGAUUGCACGUUCAAUCCAUCAUCGAGCAGCACAAAGUCGGCAUCCGCUCCAUACUCCAGGCUUCCCUUCGUUUUCUCGAUUCCCAAACAUCGGGCAGGAUGCAGCGACGCUGCUUCAAGUGCGUACUCAAUCGAACAGCCUGCAU